AACUAGGAUAAAUGUAAUUCACAUAAGAAAAAAAAAGUAAAAAUGAUUGUCUGAUGUGAAUUUGGCGAAUAAUUCAUCUUUCAUCUUCACCUCCUAUUUAUAACCACAAGAAGUAAAUUCUUUGUGAAACUACUCGAUUGACGUGGAGAGAUAGUUACCCUCUCAACUACGGUGGUUCCCUUCCCUCCUUAGUCUUGACCCCCCCUUUUUUGGGUACGUAACUCCUCCUUAACUUUGGAUAGUGUAAAAAGGAUGACAUGACUAAGACAUGGCGACUCACGCUCAUUAUGCCUCACCUCAUUGGCUUCAAGAUGAACAAUGUACCCCAUAUUUAUUGCAUCUCACUUUAUGUUGAUGAUUGAUAACUUUUUGUUCAUAGUGUUUAUCACUCUCAUAUAUUUGAUACAUUUUCAUCUUCCAUUAAUGCAGAUCUUUAGUAGCUUUCAUUAUAUUUCACAUGAAUAUUGUAAGUGUUUAAAUUAUGUGCUCAAGAUAUACACAGAAUGUGUUUUUGUCACUAUAUUACGCCUUUUUUGUAUUAUUUUGUUUGGUUUGGAGUAGGAAGUUAUUCCCAGCCCCUAGGCAUGGGCUUAUACUGUGACGAAAACUUAGAUAAUUUUCCAUUUAACCUGCUUUGACGGCUAAACAACCAAAACCAUGUCACCAUUUGUACUACUUCAGUUCCUCUCUCAUUAGUAACCAACUUCGGUCGACCCAACUUUCUUUCUUAUUCUUCAAUAUCGUCGUAUGUAAAAAAUAUUUAUUACUUAAAACGUUUAGGCGCCGCGGACGCCUAAGUGUCCUAGGCGCUUGGCAGGAACCCAACACCUGCCUAGCACCUUCUUGAACCUUAAUUCUAACACAAUCUUUCGAUUUUAGACUAUCAUACGUACACCCUAGUCUGCACAUACCCAACACAAAAUUGUUUUCGGUAUCGAACUACUAUUAGUAAUAUCCUAGUCCAUGGUGUUGAAAUUAUUUUUGUAUACUCUCUGAUUUUGGGAGACUCUUCCUUCCACGUACGAUUCCUGGUUUCAAUCUUAGUUCCUCCCGAAACUAUUGGCGCCAGUUUCUAACAAAAAAAAAAAAAAAAAUUUCGUUGCACAAGCAGCCCUAGAACGACAGAAAAUCAGAUUGUUCAAACAUUUGACAGAAGAAGAUAAACAGGAAAGGGAAUUGGAGACGACACAGAUAUGAAAAACCAAACCAGAAGAACCCACUCAUUUUAUUGAAAAGAGAUUAAAAAAGAACAAAUCUUUCCAAUAGAAUCCUUCAUCUUUUACUGUCAAUUUUGUGGGCUUUUGGUUUUCAAAUCCCCUACGAGGUUGGUUCAACUGGGGUGGGAGAAAAUAAGAAAACCCAUGAAUGAGUUCAAAGGCGAUGACCAAGAGCCCUACAAGCUCCAAUCCUAGCACCCCUGAUAAUUCUGCCAGGGGUGGCGACAAGAAGAAGAAGUCAAUAAUCCCAAAGAUCUUCAGCUCAAAGAAAAUCAACAGGGGAGGAUCCAACGACGAUAUUCUUGGAUCAGAUGCCGAAGCCCCCACCCCAUCCCCGGAAGAUAACAAAGAUACAACCAAGAGAAAAUCGUUGGUGGAUUCCCCUGCUUUAAUGCGCAAAAACUUCUCAGAAAGAGGGACGAGUCCUGGACUCGAAGGUCUGAACCUGUCCAACUUCGAGCAGUCCAUGACCUCAACCACAGAAAUCAAAGAAUUUCGGAUCUAUGUCGCGACAUGGAACGUUGGAGGCAGGACACCCGACGCCAGCUUGAACCUCGAAGAUUUCCUCCAAGUAGAUGAAACUCCUGACUUAUACAUUUGUGGGUUUCAGGAAAUUGUCCCUCUCAGCGCAGGAAAUGUGCUUGUGAUUGAAGACAGCGAGCCAGCAACAAAAUGGUUGGCACUUAUAAGCCAAACGAUCAACAAGACGAUGAACUGCAACAUCGUUCACCCGGGAUCUCCAGUUUCAGGUCAACUUUCAUCCAAGGCUCAAAACAAGGAUGCAAAGUCCCAUAACUUCUUCAACAAGCAAUCAGUCAAGGUCCUGACGAAGAACCUCAGGGUAGACGCCAGCCUUCUGAAGAUCUGCAACUGUGCUAGUGAUCUUCCCACACGAGACUGGCAGCAGCGUGGGAGAGAGUUCAGUGGGCCGCUGACCAACCGCGGCAUGGGGAGUCAGGAUUUCGGGUUGGAUGAUGAAUGUCCUCCGAAUGAACCUGCACCGUCCCCUGGUUCGAACACCAACCAGAUGGUCUAUAGCCUCGUAAGCUCCAAGCAAAUGGUCGGGAUUUUUCUGUCGGUUUGGGCUAGGAAGGAAUUGGUGCCGCACAUUGGUCAUCUCAGGACUUCUUCAUGUGGGACUGGGAUCAUGGGCUGCCUCGGCAACAAGGGAUGCAUAGCAAUAAGCAUGUCAUUGCACCGAACGAGCUUUUGCUUCGUGUGUAGUCAUUUGGCGUCAGGGGAAAAGGAAGGCGACGAAUUGAAGAGGAAUGCCGAUGUUUCUGAGAUCCUGAGGAGCGUUCAGUUCCCCAAGAUAUGCAAGAACCAAAUCAACCGAGCACCGGAAAAGAUCACCGGGCACGAUCGAGUGUUUUGGUUCGGGGACCUGAACUACAGGAUAUCGCUGAGCUACGAGGAAACCAAAGUCCUACUUGAAGAGAAUGAAUGGGACACCCUUCUUGACAGGGAUCAACUUAACAUGGAGAGAGAAGCAGGGAGGGUGUUUGAUGACUUCUGUGAAGGAAGGAUUCUGUUUGCUCCCACUUACAAGUACUCACUCAACUCGGAUUUGUACGCCGGAGAAACAGUGAAGAACAAGAAGAAACGCAGAACCCCUGCCUGGUGCGAUCGAGUGCUAUGGCGCGGAGAAGGGGUGGAGCAAAUGUCGUACAUAAGAGUGGAGUACAGAUAUUCGGAUCACAGACCGGUUUGCGCAAUCUUCUCGGUAGAGGUGGAAAUGAGUGCUACAAGAAACAGCAACAACAGGUUCAGGAAAGGCUAUAGUUGUACAGCUCCAAGAGUUCGAUACGAUAAUGACUGUAGUAACCUCCAAAGACACAACUUCUAUGGCUACUAACUAACUAAUAUCAUCCCAAAAACAACAGAAAAAAGGGUUACCCUCUUGGGAACAACAUAUACAUAGACUCUCUUCUUGACUCUUGAAUAGCAUUUCCCCCACUGAAACUAGGUCUCCCUCUGUAAACCUCCAAUUCUCAAUCUCUCAUUCAUGUGCAACCAUGUCGAUAUAAUGCACCGAAUUCCAGUGA